UGUGCGACGAGCUCAAAGCGGUGCAUCAGGCAUCAAAUUAGCACCAGCAGCACGCCGGACGAGCACGGAGACUUGCGCGAGUUCAAGGAUCGGUUGCGACCUCUCGGACCCGGGCGGGUGGAUCUUUCUCUCGACGACAGAAGUGGUAUGGCGACGUUGGUUCUCGACAACCACGAAAGACGUAACGCCCUUUCAGGCACGAUGAUGGUCCAACUGGCCGACGCCGUGAACGAGCUGGAGAAAUGGGACAGGGGGGUAGCCCUCGUAGUACACGGGAUGGGAGGAAAUUUUUGCGCGGGGGCGGACCUCUCGCUCGCCAGGGAGCACCUGCGAACGGGCGCCGACGGCCGGUCCAUGUGCGCCCUCAUGUCCGACACGUUGACGCGUCUCAGGAGGUUGCCCGUCAUUAGCGUGGCUGCGAUCGACGGAGCGGCAGUUGGCGGGGGAGCGGAGCUCGCUACCUCUUGCGACUUCCGCGUAGUCGGGCCGGAGUCUAGCAUUCGCUUUGUGCAGGUCAAGAUGGGAGUGAGCACAGGCUGGGGCGGCGGAGCUCGAUUGGUCGGGAUCGUCGGCCGGAGGGCCGCCCUGCGACUACUGGCUUGGAGCCCGCCGCUGGCCGCCGACGAGGCAGUCGCUCUCGGCCUGGUCGACGCUGUCGCGGCGGAGGAAGGCGAAGCGCUCGCGGCGGCGCAGGAGUUCCUCGGCGGGGUCCUGACGCAAGACGCGCACGAAGCCGUGAGAGCUGUAAAAAGGGUGGUAGCGGAGGCUGACGUUCCCGUGUCGGAGCGGCUCCACCGUGCUGAGGCGCACGAAUUCUCGACCCUCUGGGGGGGAGCGCACAACAGGAUAGCGCUGGAGCCGCCUCCAUCGCCCAGGCCACCAAGGAGCUGAAAGUCGUGUUGAAGCGGCCGACGAGAUGAUUGCCAACUGACCAACGAAGGAGAUGGGCGCGAAGACACGAAAAGCGCUGAAAAGACAGAAAAUACAUCCGACGACGCAAGCACCCUGGAUUGGGAUGCUGUUGAUUGUGGAGGUUUAUCCACCAAGGGGAGGGGUAUACCCAUAGUCGUGCAUG